AUGCCACACAAAGUGAACAACUCCAACUCCACACUAGCCAGCAGAGGCAGCAGCAACGACCAGGUAGCCACCGAAGUCCGGAAUCUGACAACCAAUCCCAUCCGCAAACCCCCGGUGGUCAUACACAACAAGGGCGGCCGAAUCUACGACGAGACGCGGCCGUCUGACUGGGACAAACAACGCUGGAAGUAG